GAGCGCCAAUAUUGAUUAAUUUACCGUCCCUGAUCUCCUGACAACUUCACUCCGCACCACUAUUAUUCUUUACCCAAUCUCCGCUGCUAACUCACAUAAACCGUAUUUAUUUACUUAAAACAUGUAAAUUCUUUGCCACAAACAACAAAAACAUGAUAAAAACAACAGUAACGCGUAACAAAAUGAUUUGACAGUGUUUUUUUUUUUGUAAUAAUCACAAAUUCGUAGCAAUGGAAGUGAAUAUUGGUACGGAGUUUCAUAUAAAGAGGUAGUGGUUUUGAUUGUUCAUUUAAAAUGCCGAAAAGGAUUCCGUUUCAUGUGGUUUAUGCUACAAGCGAGGACAGCUCGUACCCAGCAUGCGAGCUGAACGCGCAGGGCCCGGCGGCGCGCGGCUGGCGCAGCGAGGGCGGGCCCCCGCACGAGCUGCUGCUGCGGCUGGCGAGGGUCACCUCCGUGCACAAGCUGCAGCUGCUGGCUCAUCAUCAGCUCAUACCGGCAUGCGUGGAAGUGCUAGUCUCAGGCGGGCUGGUCUCCGAAGGCGCGGCCACUCCAUGCGGCGCCACCUACACCAGCGUCGGCAGAGUCACGCUCGCCCGACCGGCGCAGCAGGCCAGGACUAGAGAACUCAGAUCAGCUGCACUGCCAGAGCCAACAAUAGCCCGCUUCGUAAAACUCAAACUGUCUGGACCACACCCACCAGCAAAAGAAGAUGAUCAGGUAGCACUAAUGGCAGUGAAUGUCCUGGGUGAAGAAGUGGAAGAAACAGAGAGUUCUCCUGUACAGCCUGUCAGCAAGGAGCCGGCGUACUCGCCGUAUGAUGACCUGGCCUUCAUCAUGUAUGUGGACAACGAUAUUGCUGACCUGGUGAGGAGCUUGGAUGAGAAGAAGAAGGCUGCUGUUGGAGAGGAGCGCUUCGAAUACGCCCGUCGCUUGAAGUCAGCGGGCGCUGCGCUCGCGUCCGCCGGCAUCCGUAUCGGUCGCUGGCGACUGCGCAAACGCACAGCUGCUGCGAGGGAUGACUUCGAGCUGGCGAGGAGGAUGAGGGACAGGAUCGCUGAUGCACUGUGUGGAGUGAAGGAGGAUCCUCAGCUGUGUCGGUUGUUUGAAGAGGAUGGGCCGGACCGCCGCAACGACUCCUCAAUGCCUCAAGAGUACGACUUCUCCCAUCAUCUCUCACCAUCUGUAGCAGCCGGGUCCCUGAGCCUGGACAUACCCUCGCCUGUGCCUCCUAUAGAACCGGAGCCUGAGCUGCAGGACCCGGAGUAUGUUAAUGGAGAGGAGGAAGAUGUUCAGGAUAUGCAGCCGUCACCAGAACCAACUUUACAAGAAGAAAUUCCACCGACACUCCCCGAGCCAGUGCAACCACAACCCGUCCAAUUGAUUCAAGAAGAGAAAGAAGUGCAGAAGAAGAUAGAAGAAGAUGAACUGAGGAAAGAGACUGACAGUCCUAGAAGGAGUAUCACACCUAAUGCUGCUAACGGCUCACUGGUGCGACGUAGAAAUAAGAGCGCUGGUCCGAGAUCCACAUUUGAGGCAUAUGAAGAACGAUUAUUACCAGCGUUGAGGCAUUCUCACACGAACGAGUACUUACGCGAGAGUCGCGAGGAGGAGUGCAGUGGCGGCAGCGCGGCGACGUCGCACUCGCGCUCCACGCAGCCGCACAAGCUGAACGAGAGGGAGAGGAAGCAUGCUGCGUUGCCUAUACUGAUCUUUGGUUAUCCGCUGGUCGAAAAAUUCUACUCCAAAAACUACUUGGACAAAGAAGAAGGCCUCUCCCGUCUCCGCGCAGAACUGACGUCACCAUCGAACGGUAGUACUAAGACGUCUCCCAACAAGACCGCCAGGGCCGCCGCCAUCUUGUUGCAGAGAGCUCUGAGAGACAAGGUGUUCUCUGUCUACAGUCAAGCCAAUGAGGUCGUGAAGGUGCUGUUCAAGGAAUUCGUGCCGGACAGGGUGUGUGCGGCCGAGGUGGGUCGGUGCCUGGAGAAGUUGCUGCCGGAGCUACUGCGUGCCUGCGGAGACCCGGCGCCCAGGGUACACUCCACGGCACAGCAUACUGUCCUCACUGUUGCUGACUGUCCUCAAGUUAGAGCCCUCCACCUGAUCCCGCAGCAGCUGGUGAGGCCGGUGGCAGCGUCCAUGCAUCCCCGACUGGCGCUAUCCCGCCUGCAGAUGCUGGAGCAGCUCAUACUCAGCCACGGCAUCUCCACUGAUAAGAACAGCGGUCUCACAGUUCGUCGUCUAGCAGAAUGCGGGGCUGCCGGGGCUCAGCACGCAGCCGGCUCCGUCCGUGCUGCAGCAGAACGCAUACUCCUGGCUGCGUACGCCAGGUCUCCAAGAGUGGUGCGCGCUCAACUGCCUCCGGAUGACGCCGUGACUAGGAGGAACCUGAUAUAUAGGCAUCUGUUCCAGCAGUUCGAUAGGAUUGAUAUGCAGAAAAUGCUAAACCAAGCACCAACAGAAGAACAACUCCUGAACGGCGCAGACCAGUCAAUGGCAGACUCCACCAUGGAAACUGCCAGCGUCACCCAAUCCACCAGGAGUGGUACCACCGUCAGCGGCAUGACAGCUUCCUUCGGCAUGACGUCAUCAAUCGGAGCCACGUCAUCAUACAGCCUGAAGUCCAUGACGUCAAGUGUGAGCGGAGCCACCCUAGCCCCUUCAAGUCUCAGUGGAAGCUAUACCACGUCCAAAACAAAGAGUAGUUUGAAAAAGUCACCAACUAAGAGGUAUACUCCAAGGAGUGUUACGAAGGAUUUCUCAAAUUAUCCGGGGUAUAAUAAGCUGAGGUUAGAUAGUGCUGUCAGUCCGAAGCAUUCGCCUAGGUCAGCUGCUUCCAGUGGAAAUGAGAAGGUACACUUCCAAGAAGGUCACAGCCAAAGCCAAUCCCAGUCCGAGCAAGUUGUCUACCGGCGCACGAACCGAAACACUGAAAACCGCCACUCCAUGAUCCACUACGACCACGAACCUUCGAAGCCACAACUCAAAGAAAGACCCGUUACUGUCUACGAACCCUUACAUUUGGAUUACCGAGACUCCCCAACUUUAGGGUCUCCUAAAACCUCUAAAAAUGAUCUGCGAAGUAUGGACUCUUUACCCAUGGACUCCCCACAGAUGUCCAGGAAUGAGUUAAGGUGUGAUUCGGACUGCAGAAGCCUGGACUCCCCCAAAGUGAAGGCUGAUUACUUCAGAGAAGGGGUUUUGGAGUCUCCGAAACUGGUGGCGGGGUUGAGGAAUCUUCAUCUUGAUGAGCAUAGCCAGAUGGAUGAGAGCGGGUAUUAUAGUCCAGGCAGAAGACAUCAGGUCACGAGCAGCGAACACCACUACGAACCAUAUGACGUCGGUAACGCAGAUGUAGCUGAAAAUAUUCCUGAUACUAUCAGCUUGCACACGACGUGCACGUGGUGCGGUCGGCGGGUCCGCGCGGACGCGCUGGAGGCGCACUACUGGCGGCGCUGCGUGCUGCUGGCGCGCUGCCCGCACUGCCGCGUCGCGCUCGAGGCUAGGAUGUUGCACGCGCAUUUGUUGGAAGAAUGCACGAUGAGCGAGGGCAGCUGGAAGGCGUGUCACAAGUGCGGAGCAGCUCUUAGAACUGAUGACUCCGAUUAUCACGCCAACUGCAUACCUCUCGGCAUGGACGAGUGGAAGUGCCCCUACUGCUUCACCAACGUGCUGGCGCGGGACCUACCCUGGCAGAGGCACCUGAUGCAGUGUCCUCGGAACCCCAGGACCACGCAGUCUUCAUAGUCAAACCUUCAACGUUCUAUUUUGAGUUCUGAUUGGCAUGAGUUCGUGCCAAAGUUAAUGGC